UAGCUAGAUAUUGUACCUUUCGACAAUUAUAUAAUUUUACAGUUAAGCAUUUAAAAAAUAAUUUCAUAUCUUUAUUUAAAUGAAAAAUUAUAUUUUAUGUCACUCAUGAUUGGUGUGGUUAGCCUGGCCUAGUGGAUAAAAAAAGUAUAUUUUGGUAUAUAGAGUCCCAGGUUUGAUACCCAGGGUGCUAAAAAGAUUCUUCUUGUAAUUUUCUCAUUGGUGGUGUCUGUUCUCUGAUGCAAGCCAAUCAUAAUAUCCAUCUUGUCUAUCAAUGGCUUAACCAAAAAUCUUCUUUGACUUCCUAACAUGUUAAAGAGCUACUACCCUCUGUAGCAUGUUAAGUUUGGGAAAUAGAAGGAUAUAAAACUGAUUGCUUUUUUAUAUGUCACUUAUAAUUAACCAUUAUAACUCAAUUUUCAUUUUUUAAUGUAUAAAAAUGUUGAGUGUGAACUUUUGACAUCCCUUCAAUAAUCCCAAAAUUGCAAACACGUCAGAAAGUGAUAUUAAAAGAACCAAAUUUAUCAACCAUAAGUGCUAUUAAGGAAAUCGUAAAAGAAAACAAUUCUUUUAAUCUCAGUGAUGCUGACAGACGAUCAAUAUUAGAUCAAGUUCUAAGGUGUUACGUCUUGGACUUGGUAUUAUCAAAUCCAAAAAAUGUAUUUGAUAUUUGUAAAAUGUGGACAUCAUUUACAAUUGACCUUGUACGAAAUGAAAUGUGCACUGCUAUAAUGCCAGUUGUUAUAUUGUCUGAUAUGUUUGAUGUUUCAACAAUGGAUUGUUGUGAAAAAAUGUUUGAUCAUGUAGAAUGUAAUGUACAUGUGCUAAAAGAGCAUCAAUUUUUUACUGCUUGUAAAAACAAUCUUCUUCGUAUGUGCAAUGAUCUUUUGCGGCGUUUAUCUAGAUCACGCAAUACUGUUUUUUGUGGUCGUAUUCUAUUAUUCUUAGCAAAAUUUUUUCCAUUUUCUGAAAGAUCAGGUUUAAACAUCGUAAGUGAGUUUAAUUUAGAAAAUGUUACAGAAUAUUUAAAUGAAAGUAGCUUUGACCUAGUUGAUGAUAAUGUAGCACCUGAUUCAAGCAUUGGUGAUGAAUAUAAAUCUGACAUUGAAAAAGUAAAUGUUAACAAAAAUCUUUAUCUUAAAUUUUGGUCACUGCAAGAUUACUUCAGAAAUCCAAAUCAAUGUUACAAACCUGAACAUUGGAAAUUAUUUACAACACACACUGAUUUUAUUUUUUCAACUUUCCAAAGUCAUAAAUUAGAACAUGUCAGUAGAAUGGACAAUGGAGAUCAAGUUAUUCAUUAUUUUCCAAAAUAUUUAACAAACCAUAAACUUUUAGAGCUCCAAUUAAGUGAUGUUAACUUCAGGCGUUACAUCCUUAUACAAUUUCUUUUACUAUUUCAGUAUUUAAAUGCACCAGUAAAAUUUAAACCAGACAAUUACAAGUUAAAAUUUGAUCAACAAGAAUGGAUUAAAAAUGCUACAAAUAUUGUCUAUGAUCUUAUUAAUACAACACCUCCUGAUGGAGUUAAUUUUUCAGAAGUAGUAAAAAACAUAUUAAAAAGAGAGGAACAAUGGAAUAAAUGGAAAAAUGAUGGAUGUCCAGAAGUCACCAAAAGACCCAUAUGUGACAACAAUGAUUCUGAUAUGCCUACUACUAAACGUAGGCCUCGCAGGAAUUUGGGAGAUGUUAUAAAAAAUAUGACUGUUAAUAAUAAAGUUUUUCUGGGAGAUCCCGAAUUAACUAAAUUGUGGAAUUUCAAGCCUAAUAAUUUGGAAGCAUGUAAAGGUCCUGAAAGAGAUUUUUUACCAUCAUUUGAUACAUUUUUUCAGGAAGCAUUUGAACAGUUGGAUCCUGAACUUUGUAUUGAAAGUCAAUUCAGAAAAGUGAAUGAUGGAAAUUUCGGAUGGCGUGCAUUAAGACUUUUAGCACGUAAAAGUCCACAUUUUUUUGCUCAAAGUAAUAAUCCUAUUCAUAAAUUAUCAGAAUACUUAGAAAAUAUGAUUAAAAAAACUAUGAGUAAAGAAAAACAGAUGCCAGUAAAUCAAGGAUCUGAUAAAAGAGUUUCCCCAAGUAAAGAAUUAAAAAAAGAAUCCUUAGCUGAAUCUGAAGAAGUUGAUAUAACUGAUUGUAUAAAUGAUGAAAAUGAAAAUGAAAACAAUGAUGAAAUAAUAGAAGAUAAAAAUAAAAUUCCAAAACACAUCCUUAACCAAGUAGCAGAAAAAAUAGGAGAUAGAUGGAAUUUAUUUGCUGAAAAAGUUGGCUAUCAACCUGAUGAGAUUGAAUUUGUAAAAAGUAUUAGGACUACACCAUUAGAUCAAGCACUUUAUUUGUUAGAAGUAUGGAUUGAAGAUGUAGAAAACCCUAAACCAGAAGAUCUUAUUUAUAUUUUAGAAGAAAUACAAUUAAUUGAUGCAGCUAAAAUAUUAAAAUCAUUAAGUUCUUAAAUCUAUUAUUUUAGUUGUUAUGUUAAUAUUUAAUUUAAAUUUAAAUAUUUUUAUAAUACUAUUGUAAACAAUUACGUCCUCUUUUAUGGAAUAAUUUUAUUUAAAACAAAAUAUUAAAAUAGUAUUUCGCAAAAUAAUA